ACAAAGGCGGGUGGUGCUUUUAUGCUCGGGGGUGGAGCCGGUUAAGAUCUGAGCCGUCAGAGCUCGGAGGCCCUGGUGGGGGGCUGGACCCCACUUCUCGGCUUAGUCUCCGCCUUCCUGCUGCGUUUGGAAGUCUCGUGGGUGUCCCGGCUCGGCUGCUCCCUUAGCCUUGCGCGGAAAGGAAGUGUGCGUGUUUACCCACAUUCCACUUCCGAUCCCUAGGCAGAGCGGCAGGCUAAAGAGCCUGGUUUCUCCCAACUCACCGAGCCAAGAAGCCGAGCUCUGAAGACAGGGCUUCCUUCUCCUCAUGACUCCGCACCCCGAUCUGAACCUUAAACUCCGCUUACGGCUGGGCGGCCCAGGAGGAAGCAGAUACCGGUAGAUGGCCCAGUCCAGCAUGCCCCCCAAGUGUGAUGUAUUGAGUCAAGAUGAACUGCGCAAAAAGCUGUACCAGACGUUUAAGGAUCGAGGUGUAUUGGACACACUUAAGACACAUCUCCGAAAUCAGCUAAUUCAGGAAUUGGUACAUCCUGUGUUGAGUGGAGAAUUGAAGCCUCAGUCCAUAUCAGUGGAAGGCAGCUCCCUCUUAGUAGGCGCGUCUAAUGCUAUAAUAGCAGAUCAUUUACAAAGAUGCGGCUAUGAAUAUUCACUUUCUGUUUUCUUUCCAGAAAGUGGUUUGUCAAAAGAAAAGGUAUUUACUAUGCACGAUCUGUUACAGCUCAUUAAAAUCAGCCCCAAUUCCACUCUCUACAAAUCAAUGAUUUCUACAUUUGAUAAAGAAAACCAAAAAGGUUUCUUAAUGAAUUUCUUAAGAGAACUGGCAGAAUUUCACCAAGCUAAAGAGAUUUGUGAUGUGGAAACUCAGACAAGUUCAACAUUUCUUACCAAAGAUUCUCUUGCGGAGAAGCUUCAACAUAUUGAUGAGCAGUUUGCAGAUGUUCAUCCUCAACGUGCAAAGCUAGAAUCUUUAGAGAUAAAAUUAAAUGAAUAUAAGAAAGAAGUCCAACAUCAGCUUCAUAAAGAAAUGUGUCAGAAGUUGAAGUAUUUUAAAGAAACUGAAAUAACCAAAAUUAAAAUAGAAGAGAAACGAAAAUAUGAGAGAGAAAUUGCUGAAUAUCGGAAAGAUUUUGAGAAAACUUAUCAAGCCAAAAUGGAAGCAAUCAUUUCUCAGGAAAAGAAUUCUCUUGAAAGAAUUCAGAAACAUCAAGAGAUUGAAACAAAGGAAAUUUAUGUUCAAAGGCAGCUUCUACUAAAAGAUUUGGAAUCACUAAGAAGCAGAGAAAUAGAAUUGAAACAAAGACUUGAUACUUUUGAAUUGACGCAGAAGCUCCAGGAGGAAAAAAAUAAAAAUGUGACUGAGGCUCUUAAGAGAAGGGAGCAAAAUUUAAAGAACAUCGAAGAGACCUAUGACCAAAGACUCAAGAGUGAACUUCUAAAGUACCAACUUGAAUUAAAAGAUGACUACAUCAGCAGAAGUAAUAAACUCAUAGAAGAGGAAAGGAAAAAUAAAGAAAGAUCUAUUCAUCUACAAGAGGAGCUUGCAGUUAUAAACUUAAAAAAAGAAGAACUCAGUAAAUCUGUAAAUCAGAUGAAAGACCUUGAGAUGGAGUUACAAUCUGUAAAAUCCCAGUUUUCUACAUUAACAAAGCAAAACCACUUGUUGAAUGAGAAGAUCAAAGAGAUGGGUGACUACACACUACUGCAAGAAGAGAACGUAGAUCUACAGGCACAAAACAGAUUACUGAGGAAGCAACUAGAAGAGUUUAGGAAUGAAAACUUGCGUCUCCUAAACUGCAUGGCUCAGCCAUCUCCCGAGGUUCUGAUUUUACAGAAUGAGUUAGAAAAAGCAGAAAGUACUAUAGCAUUUGAGCAACAGGAGUUCAGAACUCAGAAACAAGCCCUCCAAAAGCUGCUACAAAGUGAAAUCGAACAGUCUGGACAGCUAAAGGCCCAGAUAAUAGAUUAUGAUGCAUCUAUAAAGAGGUUAACUAUUCAGGUUUCUGAUUUAAAAUUGCAACUGAAACAAACUCAGACAGCCCUAGAGAAUGAAGUGUACCGCAACCCAAAGCAGUCUUUGAUCAGCCAUCCUGUGAAUGACAGCACGUUAUUUCCCACUGGUGAUAUAGGGGCCAAUCUCCUUCUCAGGCCAUUUCAACAAGAAAAGGCUCUAGCAGGUGCCCUCAGGGAAAAAAUGAUAGAUUAUCCACCUUUGGGGAAGGAACGUAGUUCCCCUGACUCUGACCAUGAGUUUGUAGUCAAUACUAAGGCUAGGGUAAGAGAGCUGGAGCAAGAAGCGGAACGCUUGGAAAUGGCUUUCAGAAGUUACCGUCCAAGAGCUGUUCUGAGCCCUCCUGAAAGCCCACCCUCACCAGCACUGGGUCUGCAUUCUCUGCCCUUGCUCGACAUAUGCAGAAACAUCACACCCAGAUCCCUGGAAAACCAUGUUUUCACAGAGGUCCAUGCUGCCUCUGAGCCGCCUCAGGUGUGCUUGCUCAAAGACGAAAAGAGUGACACAUCAGAAGCACUGACGGGCAGUGUGGUCCGCCGGCCAUACAGGAGCUCUUCCUCCAAUCAGUUUUCCUCUACACCUCUCCCCAAAGCCAGAAGAAGCCUGGAUAAUGAAAUGUAUAUGGAAGGUCUGGUUAGGUCACAGGCUGCUUCUCCCCAUUUAUGUCCUGACAGAGCAUUUGCUGAUAGGCACAGCCUCUCUUUCCCUCCCUUCUUGGGCACUCUGCAACAGAAGGCCAAUAUUUAUCAGAGAGAAAUUGAAGUUCAAGACAAAAUUGAAAUUACAAACCUGGACAAGCUACCUUUUAAUGAGAAUGAAGAAUUUGAAUCAUCUUUUCAAUAUGCAAAGAGCAGGUCAAGGCAGUUUGAAAGUGAUGGGUUCCACCCUGCUGGUGAUAUGCUUCCCAUGGAUUGUGCCACGGCCUCUCUGACCCCCGGAGCCAUCCCAUAUCACUAUCUAAAUCAAAACCAGCAUGAAGAGCAAAAGGAAGAAGAAAAAGUGUGGGACCAGCAUGCAGAAGAACAAAAGCAGAGGGAAGAAAGAAGGCAGAGUGACCAGCAAGAAGCUCUAGAAAGGGAACGAAGAGAGCUGGAAAAACUGGAUCAGGAGAGGAGGAUGAUUGAAGAGUCACUAAAGAUUGAAAUGGAAAAUGAACUAAAAACAAGUGUUCAAGAAGUAAAUGGCAAUUCUGCUGAUGAGGGAAAUCCUUUAGAGAAGUACAUGAGAGUUAUCCAGCAGGAACAAGAGGACCAAGCAUCUGCAAAUAAGGGUUUUAAAAAGAUGUCCGAAGAAUGCUCCCUGGUGGACACCCCACCCUCUAGCGACAAGGAUGAGAGUCUUGCAGGCUUGUCUCAGGAAGAACAAGAUGACACCUGGUAAUCUUAUGUUACCAUCGUGAUUUCUUAUGUACAACAAUGCGAAGUUAUACAACAUGGACGCCUUGUUAAAUGUUUCUCUGUAAUCAGACAAAAUUCUCAAUAAAAAAAACUGUGUCAUCAGUGUGA